UUCUUCCUCUCACCCAAGUCCAUGUUACCAGGUGCUACAAAUUCCCCCUGAACGGUUACUGAAUCAGCCUACGACUCCAUUCACGUGGCCCUUACCUAGCUCAGGGAGCCUCCCUCCCUCUCCGGGACCAGCCCCUUCUCUCCACCCACCCACCCCACGGCCCCCCAGUCCAUUCUCUACUCUGCUGCCCAGCAGCAGGUUUCCCCUGAGGUGCAUGUAAGCCACAGGAAGCAGGCCUUCGUGCUCCCUUCAGGAGCUCCGCCUAGGCCAUCCCCUCCCACCCCUUGGUCUGACACCCUCUGGGCUCAUCUUAGGCACCUGUCCUUCCCGAAGUAUUCCUCCUGUUUUAGGCUGUAACAGCAUUUACCACGCUGGAUUGUCACUGCCCAGAGGACCACCCUGUGUCCCCGCGCAGUCUGCAGGGUGGAAAUACUGUGGCCAACACACCUCUCAGAAUUACUAGAAAUUGACCUUCCCUCUCUGAGCAUGUUGCCUUAUCUGUAAAACGAGAUACUGAUAGUCUGUGAUUAUGGUGGGGAUUGAAUAAGAUUUUUUAAAGCAGCAGGUACUGCCUACGUUGGGUGCAAAAUGAAAUGAGAGCUUUAAAAAAGAACUUCUGACAGCUGCAGCUGUUCCUUGCAAACUGCAGGACACGGACCCAGCCCACGACCGCAGUCUGUGUAGUAUAUUCAGGCCGCACUGAACACGGGACCUGCAGGCGGCGGAGCGGACUGUGUUCAUGAACAGAACCUAGAACUGGGGCGAUGAGCUGAGGCCCAGCGGUGACAGGCCGCUCCUAACAGCUCCCGGGCACCCAGCGCCCGGAGCUGCACCGGGGUGCCGGGUGCCAUGGUUCCAGGGUGCGGAGGUUCCGGGGUCUCGAGGUCCCGGAAUCCCGCGGUCCAAAGUGCCGGAACGCGACCCAAACCCAGCCCCGACCGGCAGCCCUCGCGCUGACGGCCCCGCCCCCGGCUGAGACGCUCCGUCAAAGCCCAUUGGUCGACGGCCUGUGCGCCCCUGCUCACGUGAUGCACCACGGGACGCUGCACGGGACGCGACCCGGAAGCCGGCGUUGCUGCGGGCUUUUCUCCCGGAGUCGCCAGCGUGCGGAGCGCCAGGGCUCCUGUCCGGGCGGCGGCGGCGGCGGCGGCGGCGGCAGCGGCGGCGGCAGCGGCAGCAGGAGGAGGAUGUUCACGACGGGGGCGGAGAGUCUGCUCCGCCAGGCCAGGGAGCUCCGGGACGAGGAGCUGGGGAGGCUCUGUGCCCGGGUCUGUGCGCUACUGCGAGAGGAGGACUGGGGUCCCGACGCCCCGGACGCCCUGCGGAGGCUCUUCCUCAUCAUCUCGGCCACGAAAUACAACAGGAGGCUGGAGAGGCCUUGCCUGGCACUGCUGCAGACCACCCUCUGCUCGCCUACCUGCCCCGAGCAGCUCCAGCUGCUCUGCGCCGCUGUCCUGAGAGAGAUGUCGCCCUGCGACAGCCUGAGCCUCUCCUGCGACCACAUCCAGAACACGCGGCAGCUGGGCCUCGUGGCCUCUGUGCUCUUGGCCCAGGGUGACCAACAGCAGGUCAGGAGCUUGGCCCAGCGCGUCCUCAAGGUCCUGGAGAGCCGGCAGCCCGAGGGGCCCAGCCUGAGGCACCUCCUCCCUAUCGUGUCCAAGGUCACCAGCCUGGCCCCGGACGCCCUCCAUGAAGAGCAGACCAGGGCGCUCAGCAAGCGGCUGGGGGACUGGCUCCGCUACGCCAGCGUCCAGCAGGCGGUCGCCCACUCCUCCGGGGGCUUCUUCUCCACGCCUAGAGCCCGGCAGCUGGGCCCUGUCACCGAGGUGGACGGGGCAGUGGCCACGGACUUCUUCACGGUGCUGUCUACGGGCCAGCGCUUCACGGAGGACCAGUGGCUGAACGUGCAGGCCUUCUCCAUGCUGCGGGCCUGGCUGCUGGACAGCGGCCCUGGGGGCUCCAGCGCCCCGGACGCAGACGACAAGUCGGAGCUGGAAGGCUCCACCCUGUCCGUGCUCUCGGCUGCCUCCACCGCCGGACACCUGCUGCCGCCCCAGCAAUGGCUGCGGGAGAAGGCCUUCGAGUACUGCCAGCGCCUGCUGGAGCAGAGUAACCGGCGAGCCCUGAAGAAGGCAGACUCAGACCUGCAGAAAGCAUGUCUGGUGGAGGCUGUGCUGGUGCUGGACGUGCUCUGCCAGCAGGACCCCUCCUUCCUGUACCGCACCCUCUCCUGCCUGAAGCCCCUGCACACGCGCCUGCGCGGGGACCCAGCCUGGGUGCGGGCGCUGCUGCCCGUCGCCCAGUUCUUCCUGCACCACGGGGAGGCCGCCGCAGUGGAUGCGGAAGCCGUCUACCAGCACCUCUUCACCAGGAUCCCCGCUGAACACUUCCACAGUCCGAUGCUGGCCUUCGAGUUCGUCCAGUUCUGCAGGGACAGCCUGCCUCUGUUCGGCAGAAACCUUGGCAUUCUCAGGACAAGCUUCCCCAACCUCUUCAAGUUCCUGGCCUGGAACAGCCCGCCCCUCACCUCUGACUUCGUGGCGCUGCUCCCAUCGCUGGUUGACGCAGGGACGGCCGUGGAGAUGCUCCACCUGCUGCUGGACCUGCCCUGUCUGACCGCAGCCUUGGACCUGCAGCUCAGGUCGCUGCAGGCUGCAUCUGAGAGGCCUCCCUGGGACGUCUCCAUCAGGGCCCCCGGCUGCCUGGAGGCCCUCCGGGACUCGCAGGUGCAGGGUCUUUUCCAGCACCUGCUGCGUGCCCACGCCAGCGGGACCGUGGAGAGGUUGACGCCGCUCUACCGGCUGCUGCAGCCCCUGGCCGGCUGCGCCCGGGUGGUCCAGUGCGCUGAGGCCGUGCCCACCCUGCUCCGGGCGUUCUUCUCGGCGGUGACACAGUUUGCUGACGGGGCCCUGGCCAGCCAGCUGGCACUGCCGCUCCUGGAACGAAGCGACUCGCUUUACCAGGUCCCAGGGUACGAAGCCGGUGUGCACAGGUGGGUCCCUCCUGGCGGGCUUCGCCCCUCCUGCGGCUCCAUGGCCCAGCCCUGGACGGGUUCACUGACCCCGCGCUCUCUGCCCCUCACGGCAGCGGUUCCCCAGCUGCCACCGACCCCAGCCCAGCCUCGGCACUUUCUCGGCCACUGUACGCACCCUUCCCUGCCCACCCAAGCCCCUCUUCCACGGAGCCUUCCAGAACGUGUGUCCCCCUUGCUGAAGGCCCAGUUUAUGCGGGCUCCUCCCCGCUCCAGUCCAGCCUCUUCCCUGGUGGGGCAAGAGGUUCCUGGCGGGGCCGGGACUACCUUUACCUCCACCUGGUGCUCGGGGGCUUCCCGCCACCGCCCAGCUCUCCUCGGGACGGGCCGCGGGGCUGGGGUCUGUGUGGGGCAAGCACAGCCCACGGGUCCUCUCGCGCAGGGUGCUGAGCUCCCAGUUCCCGGCCCUGUGCAAGCUGCAUCCUCCACUGGUGGUCGAGCAGGCGAAGGAGCUGCUGGAGUUCGUGGGCGGCCCCCGCAGCGGCGGGCACGUGCUCACAUCCGUGGUGAGGCAGCCGCUGCCCCGCCCCAGCCUGCACCUGACGUGCGGGCCUGUCACAGGGCUGAAGUGCUGUCCCCCACCCAGGUGUGGGCCAUCGGCGAGUACCUGUCGGUGUCCUGGGACCGGCGCUGCACCGUGGAGCAGAUCAACAACUUCUUCGAAGCCCUGGAGGCCCUGCUCUUUGAGGUCACCCAGUCGCGGCCCUCCACCACCCUCCCCAAGUGUCCUCCGCAGGUCAUCACUGUGCUCAUGACCACACUGACCAAGCUGGCCUCUCGGAGCCAAGACCUGAUUCCCAGGGUCUCCCUGCUCCUGUCAAAGAUGAGGACCUUGGCCCAGAGCCCAGCCACGGGCUCCACGCCCGGUGAGGAGGGCGUGGGAGCCAUCCACACGCGGGCCACCGAGCUGCUGAACCUGCUGAAGAUGCCCAGCGUGGCCCAGUUUGUGUUCACGCCCAGUGUGGAGGUGUCUGAGCCCCGCUAUCACCGUGACACCAACACGGCCCUGCCCCUGGUCCUGCGUACGGUCAGCCGGCUGGUGGAGAGGGAGGCAGGCCUCCUGCCGGGGUGAAGGGACCAGGUGGAUGCCAGGCAGGGCUGCAGGCUGAGAGCCUGGUAUUACCGGCCAUGGCUUCAGCGGUCAGGGAGGCUGUCACAGUCUCAGCCUUUGGCCUCUGUGUGUCUGUCUUUUCUCUUAAUCCCCUUCUCCCGUGGCCACACUGAGCUGUGUAGUGACACAGCACUGAUUCUCGGCUUUAGCUCCUCUUGGGGCUGGGUGGAAGCUGCCUGUUCUGCGUCCUGCCGGUCCUUGUUUGUUUGGGGGCAAGAAGAGAUAGGGCGAAAAUAAAUCUUUACAAAAUGG